AGAUCGAUCGCGCGGUGACAUUCAUCAAAUCGACUGCUUUUGGCCUUUGCUUCCCCUGCGCUGUCUCUUUCAUGGCGUCGUCGUCGGAGGGCGGAGGUGAUGGGUCUCUUAAUGGUUCCCUCUUCGAUGGGAUGGUUCUUUUCACUCCCUCUUCCUUCACCGAUCCCUCGCUGCCUCAACCUGCUGCAUCGCCGCCGCCCGAUGUCGCCGCCGCCGCCGCCCAACCUCAGCCCGAAUCCCAACCCUUCGAUGAAGACCUCUUCUCAGAUCUCACUAUUCAGACCCCCCCAUCCCCAACCGCCACCCUUCGCGAUCCUCCUCCUCCAACUCUGCCUCCUCUUCCCUCUUCGCCUCGCCAACCGCCCGCCCUCCUACCUCGCCAACCGUCCCGCAAGAAAAAACGAGCCGUUCGGAUUGGGUACGCCCGGGAAACGGCGGCCGCCGCCGCCGCCUCGUCGGACGAUUCUCAUCAUCUCUCCGAUCCCGUUUGUAACAAAUCUCCUCCUCCUUCCUGCGGCGCUACAGCAAUUGCGGUGGCAAAUGAGUCGAUGGCAGAUGAGUCGCUUACUUCUCCACAUGAUGCAAGUGUCGAUUCCGCUGCACACCACGAUACGGCCAUGCCGGCUGUAGAGGACGAUCUGAUUCCCGCACCCCCCAAAUCUCUAGAACAACCCGGAGAAGAGGCGGACGAGGGGAGCUCGAAUGAAGCUGUCGUCAAAGAAGGCAAGGGUGACCAGCGCCCAACGGAAGGAAGAGGUGAAGAAGAAGAAACUUGCUCCUCGGGUGGAUCGGCUACUGGAGAUGGCGUCUUUGGUUCUGCAGAAGAGAGACUACAGCUGGUCAGGACCCAGAUCUCGAAAAAGCUCGAGUCCGUCCGGCAAAGAGCAGCUUCAGCUUAUGCAGAGAGAAAGGAGUUGGAAAGGAGUCGGAGGAGGGCGGUUGAGAGCGUGAAUGCAGCAUCAACCAAACAUAGGGACCUGGAAAAAGAUCUUGAGCUAGCCUGUGAGGCCGAGGAUUUUGAGAGGGCUGAGAGUGUCAGUGAGAACCUCAUGACCGUGGAAGAGGAGAAGGCCAAGCUCCUGCUUUCGUUGAGGGAGGCAGAGGCAGAUUGUGAAUUAGCUGAAUUGAAGAUGCAGGAGGUGCUGGAGUUGCAAAUAGCAGUGGAGGAAGAAUGUAUUGAUCUGCUGGAACAGUUUGCUAAGGAUGCAGCUGAUUGUGCAGAAUCAAUUCUUAAAAAUGCAGAAGAAACAUCUUGUAAAGAAAUAGAAGAAUGGCAAUCAUCAGUUGAAUUGUUAGAAGUUAAGAAGCUAGAGAUGGAUAUCGAGUUACAGUUAAUAUCUGAAGCACAUUCAGGAUUGGAAAAUGCAAUAGAAGACCUGGUUAAAAAUGAGAGGGAAGAAAAAGAAAUGCUGGCAAGAAAAGGUGUCAUUUUGGAAAAAGAGUUGGAUGAACUACUAGAAUUGGUCAGGCUGAAGGAGGCAGAGAUUGCUGAAAACAAGUCUCAAAUACAAGAUGUUGACAACAGAAUAUCUAAUGUGGCUUCUAAGUUUCAUGAGACACAAUCAAUUAUUGACAUGAAGCAUAAAACAUUGCAGGAAGCCUUUCUCAAGGUAGAAUCUGAAGAUGGGGCAUUGUUGAUAAGGAAGGAGGAAAUUGAUGAAGUUAUCUCUUCAGCUGAAAAGAAGAGGAGAAAGCUAAUAGAACUUUCAGCCAUUGCCUCCAAUGAAGCAAAAACUUGUCAGGAUUUGCUUCAGUUGAAAAAGCAGUUGGCAUCUUUCAUUUUGAAAUCAAGAGAGGACAGAGUGAGGUACUCAAAGACCGAGGAAAAGAUAUCAGAAGACAUUCAGAUACUCAGACAAGAAAUUUCAGCUGCAAGAACUGCUCUACAGGAGCUAUCUUCAACUAGGGCAAGCAUCCAACAGGAGGUUACUUUGUAUAAACAAAGAAUAGGUUUUAUUGAGAAGAGAGGGCCCGAGCUGGAGGCUGAAAAGAAAGUUGCUGCCGCUGCUAGAAAUUUCAGGGAAGCCGGGAGGGUAGCAGCUGAGGCGAAGUCAUUACAUAUUGAAAAGGAAGACUUGCAACAUAAGAAGGAGAAGGCUGUUUUACACCUAGAAAAGCUAGAGGAGGAGAUCGGAAGCAAUGUGGAAACAAUUCAGAAGAACGAAGAGUUGGUUCUGCUCAAGGAAAAAGAGGCAGCAUUGGCAGGCUGUAACAGGCUCCAAUUAGUUGCUGCAGCUGCUAGGGCUGAGAGAUCUGUUGCUCUUAAAAUGGGUGACCUCGAAGAAGGCAGCUUACUACUUAAAGAGGCCGAAGCUCUAGAAUCCAAAGUGAUGGAGCUUCAAAAAGUAUACAACCUUGACACAGAGAUGGAUGAAAAAAAUCUAGUCUCCUUGGCAUUCAUUACCAACCUCGUUGGAGAUCAUUUGAGUGAAGCCGGCCAAGUGGCUUCUUUCAACCUUAAUGCUAUUGUUGGUUCACAGAGUUAGCACGCCUUGCAGGAGUGACUUGUAUUUAAGUGGUACAGAAUGUGUCUACAGAGAUUGAAACAGCAGAACAAAGUUUUGGGUUUUUUACCAUCAACUGCAAAACGAGAGAGAUUUCUCUUUUGGUACUCCAGCAUCUGUUCAUCUAUCUGCUUUUUAAA